AUUGGAAUAGAAGUACAAGGAGAUCAUCCUCCAGUACGAAGAUUCCAGGGAAGAAUGACAAAGUCCUUAGCGGACAACGCAAAAUCUGAAGAACAAUCAUCGACAAAUAUGAGAGUUGACGGACAGGAUAUUAGUGUUGUUGUAAAUGACGGCAUCAAUCUCUCUGUAGGGGGAAUCAAGCCCUCUGCUCGAUUAAAGAGACCUUCUACGACGAUGUUCGAUCCAUUGGAAUUGAUUGGACCCUCGGUCGGUGCAACGAGGAGUGAAAGUAUUGGUAACGCUGCGAUAGCUGUGCCGGCUGAUGUGUCGACGACCUUAAAAGAAGAGAGAGCCAUUGAAGACAGAAAAAGGAUAUACGACGCUACGAAAGCAAACGCCAAAGCACAGGAAAAGGAGAACGCAAAAGACUUUAAAACUGCAUCAAAUAAUAUCGAUGAAGAAAAGAAAGUCUCAGGGGCUAAAGCAAAAGAAGCUUCGAAAAAUAAGGUCGGAGAAGAGAAAAAACAGUUCGAAGCACCAUCAUUACUAGAGAAAAAAGCAAAGCAAGAGAAGGAGCACCAGGCAGCAGAGAAGAGCCAAACAGCAAUGAAAGUAAUGGAAACUGCUGUGAAAACCGUAAAACAAGAAAAGAAACGAUCAGUCGUUGAAGCCGAAACUGCAGAAGAGAAAAAGGCUGAAGAAGCGAAGAAACGGUUAGAUGUCAAAGCUAAGAUUUCAGUAGAGAAAACUGAGAAGAAUGAAAAUAGUCAACUGGAUAGUAAAGCACAAAGCUCUGCARCAAAGAAAGCUGAAGAACUAAGAGCGAAAACGCUGGAGAAAGCCGAUCAACUUAGGGCUGCAGCGAUGAAGAAGGCCGCGGAAGAACUGAAACCCGUAGAAGUUCCCAAAGCAAUGGUAAAUGCCUCCAAAAAUGCACUAGAAACGAAGAAGAAACUCCUACAGAUCAAAGCGAGAGCUGAUGGUGUUACACAGAAGAAAGAGGCACAAGAGCAGGAAAAGCAACAAAAGGCUAGAGUAAAUGUUGUUCCAGAGAAGGAGACAGAAAAGAAGGGAAAACACCCAGAGGCUAAAUCAGAAGCUGCCGCAAAGGAGGCAGGAAAACAUAAUGAACAAUUAGCAAAAAAAGUCGCUAAAGAAAAUAUGAAAAGUCUAGAGUCCAAGGCAAAAGAAGAGAGCGAUAAGCUGGAAGUGCUUCAAAUGUUGAUUCAAAAGCGCAAAAAACAACAACUCGAAUUAGAUAAAAUUGAAACAGAGUUACUGCAUAAAACCAAUGAAAUAAAGAAAAAAAAGAAAGAGCUCUUGCAAAUUGAGGCUGAAAACAAAAUGGAAAUUCCUGCAGCAGACACACAAAGAAAAGCAGAAUAUUAUACUCCAAAAGAAUACCGCUCUCUUUCACUGCAACAAAAGGAAAGGCUCAAAGCAGAGCGUGCGAACGCGAGAGUAAUUCAUGAUGAAAAACAAGACUCGGGACGGAGCAAUCCGGACGAUGCAAAAGUUACCAAUGACAAUGAGCCCCAUCCAAUUUUGGGCCCUAUUGUAAUCGAUUUGGGUUACAAACGUGUCCACUCUGUGUCCUCGGGUCAGCUAGGAACGAUACCUAUCUGGAAGAAACAAAGAAUUUACAGGAGCGAUAGAGCAAGACGAAUGGCAGACGAAAAGGCUGAUCAGAUGAAUUUGGGUUUUCCAGGAAUUAUCUGCUUGUAUGAAGACGCUGCCGGUAAAUUAUUUGUCAUUGAUGGGCAGCAUCGAGUGGGAAUGAUGCAGGCACUGCGAGAAGAGAGAAAUAAAACCAAGAAGCAGAAAGUUAAUCAAAGCGAGGCAUGGAAGGAUCAAGAAUUUUAUUUCCGCAACGUUCUCGUUGAAGUUUAUUCCGAACUGUCGAAGUCAGAUGCGACAAAUUCUUCGUCCUUCGCAGAACAAGUCUACACAGAGAUCAACAAGGCCGAACCUUUAAUGCUGGUUGACAUGCCAGGUGUAGCAUCGAAAUCGGAACGCAAAAUCAUCUCAGAUGCGGUCAAGAUUUUACAUCAUCAGUACAACGUUAUGUUUAGCCCCUCUCAACGGUGUCGUUCACCAAACGUAAACAUCGAUAACAUCCGAAAUAAUAUUUUCGGGUCGAACAUUUUGAAGCGUCACAAAGAAUUGACGACCGGCAAAAAGCUUGCCAACUGGUUAAUGA